UCCAGAAGUUGUUUUUUUGAUCGUAUGAUAAUUAAGCUUCCUUGAAUCAUUUUCUAAACAUAAACUCUGCGAUAUUUAUGGAGGAAUUUAUCAGAAGCACUAUGCUUCUUGGCAAAAUCGUAAACUCUUCGUGGGUACAAACUUCUGCACCCCAGUAGUUGAGAUGCUGCGUCUAAUUGGGAGGGGCGAGAGUGAAAUGAAAUAGCAGGAGACACCAUUCUAAACCUCGGCAGAAUCGGAGUAGGUUUUUCAAUCGAAAUGCCGCCAUCCCUGCAAUCCUUGCCCAAUGAACUCAAAAUUGAAAUCCUGACGAGAUUACCAACAAAAUCUCUGAUUUGUUUAAGUGCUGUUAGUAAACCAUGGCUCUCAUAUCUCACCAGUUAUGAAUUCGUCUCUGCCCACCUGUCCGAAGCAGCCACCAAACAGUUCUUCUUUGCAACUACAACCAAUAGCAACGGCCUUUUCGCUCUAAUCAAACAUGGGGACAAAGUCGACUGUGAUCUCACGGUACAAUUCGGACCAAUCAUCAAACCUGAUCUGCUAUUCCAAAAUAAGUUCUCAGUAUCCUUACAUCAUUGCAUUGUGGAGGGGAUCGAAAUCGUGGGCAGCUUUGAUGGAAUCUUUUGCUUAACCUUUACCCAUCGAGAUUCUUACCCGUCAAUUAUAUUAUGGAAUCCUUCUAUUAGGAGACAUGUGUUGUUACCACCUCCCUCCUUUCACACUCCAAGGAAAGGUGGUAAUGCAAUUGGAUUUUGUGUUGCCAGCGACGGUGAUUAUAGGGUUGUGUGGGUCCAUGAAAAGCAUGAGGAUAGUGCUAUGUCUGUUGAAAUCUACUCUCUCAAUUCGGGAAAAUGGAGGAUUAGAAGAUACGGUCAUGAUUUGUUUCCUACGAGGUGGUUGCUUAAUGGUCAGGCUUUUGUGGGCGGUAAGAUGCACUGGAUUGGAUGUGAGUACCACGAGUAUUGGAUUGGAUCUGAAUAUGAAGACGAAAUGUGCGAUACUCGUGAUAUUUGUUCAGUCACUUCAUUUGACAUAAAUGAAGAGCUAUUUAGAGACGUACCACUCCCAAAUAGAUUAAAAGGGUUUGACUUGCCAGGAACAUCAUAUAUUGCUGUGGUUGGGGAAUCACUAGGUAUAAUAGAUUAUGCUCCAGGUUCUUAUGACAUUUGGGUGAUGCAAGAUUAUGGAAAUGUUGACUCUUGGACUAGGCUAUAUGUCAUUGAUAUUCGAGAUUAUAUUGAAAGGUUACCCUUAGUAGUUGCAUUAGACACUUGGAAGAAUCCAGGAGUUUCUGCAGGUGCACACCAAUGGUUUUCAUUCAUGAAUCAUGAGCCUUUUUUUGUGUACGGGGAAUAUGGUGAUGAUACAUUUGAGUAUGUAGCUAAGUAUGUGGAAAGCCUUGUGUUGCUCGGACACAAAGAUGCUGUUGCAGAUGUGCAUUUGCUUCAGGCUAUUGCAGUUACCAGGCACAUGGGGGAGGAUAAUGCAGGUGAUGGACAAGAGAUCUAGAUCAGGCGUAAACACAAUGAGAUAUUCAGAGAAAAAAAUGUGAAAUAUCGCAAUACGGACUUUGUGGAGGCAUAUGCAGUAUAAAAAUGCAAUUGAACUAGGGGUGAUACUGACAUGAUUUAGUUUUCAAAACUGUUUCCUUCUUUGUAUUUCAAAGCUGUUCUUGGUAUUCCAAAGCUGUUUUCUUCAUUCUAGUUGCCAGAACCUGUUUUGUUUUUUGCAACAAUGGGGAUCACUGUACUUCUACCUGAUAUUUG